AAUCUUAUUCUUCUGAUGCUGGGGACUAAGACCUUGUCGUUAUAUAUCUCGUAAAAUAUGGAGGUUCCGGCAAUUGACCCACAAAUCAAGUCUAAUGUUGCAGCAGCAAGCAAUGGAUGUGAUGAUUUCAAAUUGGUCUAAUGUUGAGACUGUACCAGAAAGUUACACUUUCCCAGCUGAUAGAAGACCUAAUGAGCAGGCCAGUACUGCUCCUUUCUUCAAAGACCUUCCAGUCCUUGAUCUGGAAAGCUCCCUGUCCGAUGAUGCCAAUGGAACCAUCCAAACCAUUCUGGAAGCUUGCCAAGAGCUCGGAUGCUUUCAGGUGAUCAACCAUGGUGUUUCAGAAGCUCUGAUGGACGACACCUUAAGCGUGUUCAAGGAGUUCUUCAGCCUGCCAGCCAAGUACAAGGCAAGCUUCUUCUCCAAUGACCCAGACAAAGCCUGCAGGCUCUACUCAAGCACUUUGAACUAUGACAAAGAGGAGCACCAUUACUGGAGGGACAAUUUCACCCACCGCUGCCACCCUUUAGAGGAUUACAUCCAUCUUUGGCCCCAGAAACCGACCCGAUACCGGGAAGUUGUGGGGAGAUAUUCAGUUGAAGUGAGGAAGCUGCUGAUGAGGAUAUUGGGUUUAAUAAGCGAAGGUCUGGGGAUUGAAGAUGGAUACUUUGAAGGUGAAUUGAGCAAGACACAGUUGAUAUCAGUGAACCAUCACAUUCCAUGCCCAGACCCGAGCUUGACUCUGGGAAUGCCCGAACAUUGUGACCCUAACCUGAUCACAGCUCUCCAUCAAUGCGACGUUCUGGGGCUCCAAGUCCUCAAGGAUGGGCAGUGGCUUGGCGUUGAGCCUCUUCCCCAUGCUUUCCUGGUCAUUCCAGGCCUCCAAUUACGGGUGAUCAGCAAUGAGAGACUUACGAGCCCAAAACAUAGGGUGGUGACACAUAAGGAGAAGGCUCGGACCACCAUUGGGACCUUUCUGAUUCCAUCUCAUGAGGUGCUAAUAGAGCCUGCAAAAGCUCUGGUGAAGGGCUCUAGCCAUUCCACUGGGCCGCCGGUCUAUAGAGCCUUCACUUACAGAGACUUCUUUGGCGCCUUCACUGGCAAAUCGUGCGAUGCUGAGUCUGCUUUGGGCUGUUUUAAGCUUUAAGUAAGCUGAUGAUUGAAACAGCAAACAGGCUUUUGGCUUAAUUUGAUUUGAUUAAUAACUAUAGCCUGUGUUUUAGUUUGAUUAAUUUGAGAGAAGGGCUUGUGUUUGAUCAUUCCAAUCAUGUAUAAAUCCUGUUGUACGAACAUGUUCUUAGUCUUUGUUAAUUAAAGAUUGAGAUUUGGUAA